AUUUCAGAGAGUUAGAAUGUGAGAAUAUGGAUAUAUUGGGGAACCUAAACCUGUGAUAUUAAAACACUAUGAUUAGUUUCUACAGUCUUUCCAUCCUUCUUCUCUUCAGUCUUCCUUGGGGAGCUAAGAGUGGAUUAAACGAGCGUCGACUUUUGGAUGACCUCUUGGAAAACUACAACAAGCUAGAGAGGCCGGUCAUCAACGAGACCGAGGCUGUUGUGCUUUCCUUUGGUCUCACUCUACAGCAGAUCAUUGAUGUGGAUGAGAAAAACCAGAUUCUGACCACAAACAUCUGGCUAAACCUGGAAUGGAAUGAUGCGAACCUAAAGUGGAAUGCGUCUGAGUAUGGAAAUGUAGCGGAUGUACGAAUUCCUCCAAAGUACAUCUGGAAACCUGAUUUGCUCAUGUACAACAGUGCUGAUGAAGCCUUUGACAGCACCUACUCGACCAAUAUAGUGCUGACCAAUGAGGGUGCGUGUACCUAUAUCCCCCCCGGGAUAUUCAAAUCCACCUGCAAGAUAGAUAUCACGUGGUUUCCAUUCGAUGACCAGGAAUGUGAGAUGAAGUUCGGUAGUUGGACUUACGACGGGGGAAAGUUAAACCUGACUCUAAAGGAAGAAAAAGCCGACUUGGGAACAUAUGUGCUUAAUGGGGAGUGGCACUUAUUAGAUGUGCCGGCUUCCCGUCAUGAAGUGUUCUAUGAGUGUUGUCCUGACCCAUACUUGGAUAUUACAUUCUUUAUUCAAAUCCGACGUCGAACUCUCUACUAUUUCUUUAAUCUGAUAGUUCCCUGUGUGCUAAUUGCCUCUAUGGCUGUGCUAGGGUUUACACUACCCCCUGACUCGGGAGAAAAACUAUCAUUAGGAGUGACUAUUCUGCUUUCAUUGACUGUAUUUUUAAAUAUGGUUUCGGAGACCAUGCCUGUAACAUCAGACAAUCCUCUACUAGGUGUUACAGUUUUGUUGUCUUUAACUAUAUUUCUAAACACUGUUUCUUCUAUCAUACCGAUAACAUCAGAUAGUCCUUUAAUAGGUACCUACUUCAACUGUAUCAUGUUUAUGGUGGCAAGUAGUGUGGUGACAACCAUCAUGAUCCUAAACUAUCAUCACAGAUUGUCACACACUCAUGAAAUGCCUGAGUGGGUGCGUAUGCUGUUUCUCCAAUGGAUUCCAUGGAUGCUACGGAUGUCUAGACCCGGAGAGAAGAUUACCCUUAAAUCCAUCCUCAUGCAGAACAAGAUGAGGGAGCUAGACACCAAGGAAAACUCAUCUAAGUCUUUGCUGGCCAAUGUUCUCGACAUGGACGACGAUUUCCGUCCGGGCGGGUCAACUCACAGCACUUUCUUCCCAACCCAUAAUAAUAUGGUUCACAAGAAUGGAGGAUUCAUUCGAGUCACACACAAUACUCAACCCUUUGAGGAUACUUUUCCUACAGGUAUACAGAAAGAGUUGAACCUGAUUCUCAAGGAAAUUAGAAUAAUCACAGAUAAAAUAAAGGAACAUGAUGAAUCUUCAGCAAUAGAAAAUGAUUGGAAAUUCGCAGCUAUGGUUCUGGAUAGGUUAUGUUUAAUCACAUUUACCAUGUUUACUCUGAUUGCAACAAUUGCAGUUUUAGCCGCUGCUCCUCACGUCAUUGUGACCUAGGCUGGACCAACAUAUCAGCAUAUCCUGUACAGCGCACAACAAUAACUUUUUAUACAAACUUUUAAAUGUAAAUAUUUAGCAAUAAAGCUCGUUCAGUCUAUUCUGGAUUUUGAACUUAACAACAUUUUUCAACUUCCUGAGCUGAAAACUUUAGAAUGGGAUAUCCUUAAUCCUAAUUGGUUAGUCUAUCUAGAGAUUAAUAACGAGAAGAUACCAAGCAUUAUUUAAUCUGGAUAAUAAGAAAUAGAGGAGAUCAAGCAUUAAUCCCGAUAUACAUUCUAAAGUUUCCAGCUCCAUGGUGUCUUAACUAAACACCCAGCUGUAUUAUCAACACCCUGCUAAGUUUCCAAAUUAUAAGUUGAAUACUGUUGUUAAACGCAAUUAGUAAACUCUAGAACACAGAAACCAAAGAGGAAAUUCAAUUUAUCAGAGCUGGGAUCUUGAAAAUAUAAAUUCUAAUAAUACCUGAUUUCAAGAACGGAGUCUUAGCUAAACUCGAAACAAUCUCGGUUUUUUAAAUGAUUUUUUUUCAAAAUUGUGAAUAUGCAAUCCAGUGAAAAAAGUAUCAAAAACGUAUGUUUAUGUAAAGUUUAAUUUGUGGAAAUUUCCAAAUAAAAAUAUAAUUAUCUUUGCUGAUUUGUGAGUUUAUCAUUGGCGAAUUAAUCCCAAUAGAACCAAGUGAUUUCAAGAACAGGUUCUCAUUAAUAUACGAUUUCCAAAUGCCUAACUGAUUGAAACAAAUAAAAUUCUCUACUUUCUCCUUGAGCCAUACCAUCAGGGGCGAAUACAGAAAUCGGUCCGGGGGGGGGGGGGUAAACAUGUUAACUUUCUAUGAAUGGGGAAAGUAGGCCAAUAACCCCUUUUUCGUAGAAGGGGGGGGGGGACCUUCAUUGUAUUUACCCCUGGCUUUAUCUCUUGUACGAUUAUCAAUUGUAUAUUGUCAAGGUAAAUAUGUCAAACAGAAGACAUUAGUCUAAAUGAAUUUGUUGUAUUAUACCAUGUCAGAAUUUUAGAUUAUUAAACAAUUCAAGGAAAUUCAACUUAUAGAAAAACAAUUUAAUUAAUAUAAAUAUAA